AAAAAGCGCCCACUUUCAACCUCGCUUCGUCGUCUGCCCUCCCGGACCUCGUAGAGCGCUUUACGGGAUGCCAGGAGGCGACAUGGCCAAACCACUGCUAGAUCAUCAGAACACGGACAGUAAUUUAAGUCUGGCCCCAGCUGCUGGGAGCAGGACAAUUGGGAUUCUGGGAAGUGGAGACUUUGCACGCUCCUUGUCUAUGCGCCUGGUGUGCUCAGGUUUCAAAGUGGUGGUCGGAAGCCGGAACCCGAAGCGCAACACCAGCCUCUUUCCUUCUGCAGUUGAGGUAACAUGCCAGGCAGACGCCAUAAAGAAGGCCGAUAUCAUCUUUGUGGCAAUUUUCAGAGAACACUACACCACGCUCUGUGACCUCAACAACGAGCUUUCUGGCAAAGUACUGGUGGAUGUUAGCAACAAUGCUGAAAUAAAUCAUCACAAAGAAUCCAAUGCAGAGUAUCUAGCCUCGCUUUUGCCAACCUGCAUAGUGGUCAAAGGAUUUAAUGUCAUUUCAGCCUGGACCCUGCAGUCAGGUUCCAGAGAUGGGAACAAACAGGUCUUCAUUUGCUCUGACAACCAAGAAGCCAAACAGGCUGUUGCUGAAAUUGCUCAUGCCCUGGGCUUCAUCCCAGUGGACAUGGGUGCCUUGUUCUCAGCUCGGGAAAUAGAGAAUAUUCCGUUGCGUCUCCUCCCUGCCUGGAAGAUUCCCGUCUUCUUGGCCCUGGGCCUCUUUCUCUGCUUCUACACCUACAACUUCAUCCGGCAAGUCUUGCAUCCUUACAUUCGAGAGAAGAAGAACAAAUUCUACAAGAUCCCUGUGGAGAUCGUCAACACCACCUUGCCUUGCGUGGCCUACGUCAUGCUCUCCUUGGUCUACCUUCCUGGAGUGCUCGCAGCCAUCUUUCAGCUGUACCACUGCACAAAGUACCGGCGUUUCCCUGACUGGCUUGACCAGUGGCUGCAACACCGGAAGCAGAUAGGCCUCCUGAGCUUUUUCUGCGCAGCAUUGCAUGCUGUCUAUAGUCUGUGCCUACCCAUGCGCCGGUCCCACCGCUAUCUGUUGCUCAACGAGGCAGUCAAGCAGGUGGAGAGGAGAACAGAUGCCUGGGUGGAAGAGGAAGUCUGGAGGAUGGAGAUAUACAUCUCUUUUGGUAUCAUGGCUCUGGGCUUGCUCUCGUUACUUGCCAUAACCUCACUCCCGUCCAUCUCUAACUCUCUCAACUGGAGGGAAUUCAGCUUCAUUCAAUCUACCCUCGGUUUUGUUGCUCUGGUGAUCAGCACAUUCCACACCUUGACUUACGGAUGGACAAGAGCCUUUGAUGAAAACCAAUACAAGUUUUACCUGCCUCCCACUUUCACCCUCACCCUCCUGGUACCAUGCACCAUAAUCCUAGCUAAGCUCUUUUUCAACUUUCCUUGUAUGAGCCAAAGACUGCAGCGCAUCAGGGGUGGGUGGGAGCGGAACAGGUAUGUCAAGUUCACGUUGCCAAGAGCAUCCGGGGAAUUUUCCAGUGGAGAAAGCAGCAGCAUUGUGUGAUGCUGAUGAACCUCUGUUUCCAUUACAAUUGUGAAGAAGCA